UCUCUCUUCAAGUCCACCUUCCUUCGUUAAAACCUGACCUGAGAUCAGCUGCAGCAGUGAUCUUCCUGCAGCUCCGUCAGCUCUGUGCUGAGACUCCUCAGUGUCCCGAGCCGAGCGCACCGUCUGCACGCUGACACCAUCCUCUGUACACAGGUUCGGUCAGACACUGAUGCUGGAUCUCCAGUGGGAGUGGAAUGGUUAAUGGCCAUGGCGCACUGUAAUCAGCGGUCACCAUCCUCUUCUCAUGAUGAUGUCAACCUGGGACCUUCAGCAAAUCCACAUGCCAGACCCACUGACUUUGACUUCUUGGCUGUGAUUGGCAAAGGGACCUUUGGAAAGGUCCUGCUCGCCAAGCUAAAGGCCGACAACAAAUUCUACGCCGUCAAAGUGCUGCAGAAGAAAGUCAUCCUGAAGAAAAAAGAGCAAAAGAACAUCAUGGCAGAGAGAAACGUGCUGCUGAAGAGUCUGAAGCAUCCAUUUCUAGUUCGGCUCCAUUACUCCUUCCAGACGCCAGAGAAGCUCUACUUUGUCCUGGACUAUGUGAAUGGGGGAGAGUUGUUCUUCCACCUGCAAAGAGAGAGGUGUUUCUCAGAGCCCAGAGCCAGGUUCUACACAGCCGAGGUAGCGAGCGCUAUCGGCUAUCUCCACUCUCUCAACAUCGUUUACAGAGAUCUGAAGCCAGAGAAUAUCCUCUUAGACAGUCAGGGCCAUGUGGUGCUGACAGAUUUUGGGCUGUGCAAAGAAGGAGUAGAACCAGAGGGAACCACGUCGACUUUCUGUGGGACUCCAGAGUACUUGGCACCAGAGGUUCUUCGUAAGGAGCCGUAUGACAGGACAGUGGACUGGUGGUGUCUGGGAGCAGUGCUCUAUGAAAUGAUCUACAGCUUGCCUCCUUUCUACAGCCGUGACGUUGGUGAAAUGUAUGAUGGGAUCCUCCACAAACCGCUGCCGCUGCCUCCAGGGAAGUCUGAAGCCCUCACUGAUCUGCUGGUGGGUCUUCUACAGAAGGACCAGCACAGACGCCUCGGGGCCAUUGCCGACUUUUUAGAAAUAAAGAACCACACCUUUUUCUCUCCAAUCAACUGGGAUGACCUCUACCACAAGAGAAUCACUCCUCCUUACAACCCCAAUGUGAGAGGCCCAGCUGACACUCAGCAUAUUGAUCCAGAGUUCACCAGAGAAAUGGUUCCUAGCUCGGUGAGUCGGACCCCGGAGUUCAACGCCAGCACGAGCUCCAGCAACGCCUUCAAUGGAUUCUCUUUUGUCGCCACAGACGACAGCUUUCUGUGAGGCGGGAGCUGACUGUUCAAAUGUUUGAACAGUGGGAAUGGUUUAAUAGAGAUCCUCGCGUACCACUGCAGAAACCCCACAUGCUGUCUAUCGUUUUCGACAACUGAAGGGAUUUCCUGAGGGUCCAGCAGAGAGGGAGCUCGCCUGCGGUCAGGACAGUUAAGGUUAAAAUAUGUAAAACUUUUUUUUCUUUAUGAUGCGGUUCAAAUCAUAUUUAUUCCAUUAAUUUGCAAUGGAAUAAAGAGGCUGGAAUUAUAUAAAAGAUGUGUUUUAUAAUUCUUUUGUGGACGGACAUGAUCAUACUGUAUUCUGUCUGUUUAUAAAAGAAAAAGUAAACAUAAUAUUGUCUUCCUGUGUACAUCCAAACUUAGGGCUCUAAUUUCCUGACAUAGUGCACAGGUGUAAGCACAAGCAAGAUGUCCAGGUAGAAAUGCACAUUUUUUGCAGUUUGGGUGACAUAGGGCAUUGAGGCAAACCUGGUGUAACCAGGCACAUCUGGACACAACAUAAGAGCUGGAUUGAAUACAACAGUAGCUGGAAAAAUACGGAAUCAACAGAUGGAGUCGUGGUGAGCUUCAGUAAUGACCAAUCACGUGAGCUUGAUCCUUCUAAAUCUUCAUCUCAUUUCAAAGCAGCAACAGGUGAAACAGACCUAGAGGAUCAUCCCCAAUGUUAGUAUACGUCAACCUAAAUAUGGCAGCUGAUAAUAAAACAUGUUAACUCUUUGUUAUCUUUGUUAUUAAUUGUAACAAUCUUCCUCAGUCACAUUGAAAAAACAGUAUUUUAAUGCACAUCAAUCAGCAGCAGACUAGCCAGUGUGAAACUUGUGAUUUUAAAAGAGCGAUGAUUAUAAUUGCCUCACACAAGACGCAAAAAAAUAGACUUGUGCCCGAGUAAAUACAAACUGUGUUUGCUUUAAACCUUCAGGACUAGUUAAGCCUGUUGUGUUGUCGAUCUCACUAUUCUUGUUUUAAUAGAAAACAGAAUUGAAAACAUUUCUUUUGUGAGCACGAACAUAAUGAUAAUCUCUGGGUUCACCAGUUCAUUGAAACUGGAUGACAUCCAGAUAAACCAAAUAAAAAGCCUCACACAAACACACUAAACAGUUGUAGUAGUACAGUGUUUGCAUUUUAACAUCAGUCAUCAACACACAAUGUAUGUUUUGUCACAUUGAUAUGAUAUGCAGAGGGAAACAGUCCAUUAGUGAGAUGACUGACAGCCACUAAUGGAUUUUACACUGUUUUUAGGUUAUACAAGGAAACCGCUGUGUUUCUGGUGGCAGAUUCCUGUGCAGUAUAUGUCUCCCAGACUGCACUUUGAAAUGUUCUUUAUUACGUUUGUAAAGUUCACAAGAUGGCACUGAUUCUUGAGUGCAAAGAGAGCUGAAGCUUUCAGUCUGCAGAAGUGUAUGAAGUGACAAACUAAUGAUAAAAUAUUGACCAAUAUGUUUUUUUUCUUCAUAAAGUACCACAUUUAAAAAAAACUCGUGAAAAAACUGCUAAAAGUAAAUAUUAAACAUUAACAGUAAUAUGAUAUAUUACACGGUGUUGAUGCACCUGGUGUGAGACAGACGCUCUCAGUCCUCUCAACAGUGGUCUUGUUUGUUUAUGGAAAUUAUACCAAAGUGUCAAAAAUGAAUGUGUAUAUGAUGCACUGAUGUUAAAUAUGCUCCAUGUAGCACCUUUUGAGAGUCAACCUCACCUCAACAUGGACAUAAUGGCUGUUUAUUCUGUGUACUGUGGUUUUGUUUUCUAUGUUUGAACUGAGAAACUCCUCAAAGUGUGUUCGUCUGUAGAAUAGUUUAGCCUGCAGACAGCAAACACUAAUAUAGAUUGGUUUUGUUUCAUGCUAGAACAGUUAAUGUUCUAUUGAAAAUAUUCUAUGCAACAUCUGUAAAUAUACAGUAGCAGCUUGUACUGUACUAAUGUGAUUAUAUGAAUGUGAACCAUGAAGUGCCUUUCUGCUCUGGAAAUGAAGUCUGUGCGUUUAAUGGUGCUUAACGUUGGUAAUGAUGGGUGAUACACUUGUACAUUUUGUUUUUACUGUCUCGUGUAUACACAUACUUAACGUCUUGUUUGCACACCCAACAUUAAUGAAGCUCUUCUCUUCCAGUUCCUGAACAAUGUACAUCCUUUUUUAUCUCGUUGAAAACACUGUUGGUAUUGUUUAAGCAUUAAAUUGACAUAAUACUGUAUCAGAUGCUUUUCUAUGAAGCCAAAUAAGCUAGCAGGGAAAUAAUGUGUCCUUGGACGAGCAGCUUUAAUUUCAUCUUCCGAAUUGUCUAAAUCAUUAAUGGAAAAUGCUGCUCUCACCCUCCUUGUUCACCAUUUGCCUUCUACGACUUUGACCAUGCGUGUCAUGCUGUUGUUGCCUGACUGAUCCUGUAAACAGAGAGGUUGAUGUGAAAGACUGUAAGGUCACGCUGCCAGCAGCAGCGUCUUGGGCUGAUGCCAGCUGAAGCAAAAAAUCCUGUGCUGCGUACAUGUGUUUGUAUGUGUGUACAGAGGAAAUGUGUUAAUAAAUCAAAGAGCUGUCAAAACAC